AUGACUCUCCUGUCCUCCCAGACACCAUCCCUGGAGACAUCCUCAGCUGCCACUGAGAGCCCAGAGCAAAGGAUGCUGGAGAAGAGGUCCAAGGUUAUUGAGGAGCUGCUCCAGACAGAGCGGGACUAUAUCCGAGACCUGGAGAUGUGCGUGGAGAGGAUCAUGGUGCCCCUGCAGCAGGCACAGAUGCAGAACAUAGACUUUGAGGGUCUUUUUGGAAACAUCCACAUGGUAAUUAGCUUCUCCAAGCAGCUGCUGUCCACCUUGGAGGCUUCAGAUGCUAUCGGACCAGUGUUCCUGGCACAGCGUGCAGAGCUGGAGAGCAUCUACAGGGUGUAUUGCCAGAACCAUGACGAGGCCAUCGCACUUCUGGAAACCUAUGAGAAGGAUGAGAAGAUGCAGAAACUACUCCUGGACCUGCUGGAUAGCCUCAGGAGCCUGUACAGUGAGUGGGGCUGCACAAACUACAUUAACUUGGGCUCCUUCCUCAUCAAGCCAGUACAAAGGGUGAUGCGGUACCCACUACUACUGAUGGAGCUGCUCAGCGCCACCCCCGAGGCUCACCCUGACAAGGCACCGCUCACAGCUGCUGUCCUUGCAGUCAAAGAAAUCAACGUCAACAUCAAUGAAUACAAGCGCCGGAAGGACCUGGUGCUAAAGUACCGGAAAGGGGAUGAGGAUAGCCUCAUGGAGAAGAUCUCCAAGCUCAACUUCCACUCUAUCAUCAAGAAAUCCAAUCGUGUGAGCAGCCACCUCAAGCAUCUGACAGGCUUUGCGCCCCAGCUGAAGGAUGAAGCCUUUGAAGAGACAGAGAAAAAUUUCCGGAUGCAGGAGCGGCUGAUCAAGUCCUUCAUCCGGGACCUUUCCCUCUACCUGCAGCAUGUUCGGGAGUCAGCUUGCAUGAAGGCGCUGGCAGCAGUGAGCAUGUGGGACCUGUGCACAGAGAAGGGCAGUGCAGACUUGGACCAGUUCCAGAAAGUGAAUCGGCUCAUCAGCGACCAGCUCUUCUCCACCUUCAAAGAGCGGACAGAGCGGCUGGUGAGCUCGCCCCUGAACCAGCUGCUGAGCAUGUUUGCGGGGCCCCAUAAGCUGGUGCAGAAACGCUUUGAUAAGCUCCUCGACUUCCACAACUGCACGGAGCGAGCGGAGAAGCUGAAGGACAAGCGAACACUGGAGGAGCUGCAGUCGGCCCGUAACAACUAUGAGGCCCUCAAUGCCCAGCUGCUGGACGAGCUGCCCAAGUUCCUGCGCUUCGCCAAGGAGCUGUUUGCCAGCUGCGUGCGGGGCUACGCCGAGGCACACUGCGACUUUGUGCGCCUGGCCCUGGAGGAGCUGAGACCUUUGUUGUCGUUGCUGAAGGUGUCCAGCAGGGAGGGGAACCUCAUCGCCAUCUUCCAGGAUGAGCACAGUCGAGUCCUCCAGCAGCUCCAGGCCUUCACCUUCUUCCCAGAGUCCCAGGCAGCUCCAAAGAAGCCUUUUGAAAGGAAGCGCGUGGAGCGGCAAUCUGCCCGGCGCCAGCCCCUUGUUGGCUUGCCCAGCUACCUCCUGCAGUCAGAUGACGUCAGAGCUGCCCUCCUAGCCCGCUACGCCCCGGAGAGUCUCUUCCAGGCGGACCGCAAUUUCAAUGCUGCCCAAGACCUGGAUGUCUCACUGCUGGAAGGAGACAUCGUGGGUGUCAUCAAGAAGAAGGACCCCAUGGGCAGCCAGAAUCGUUGGCUCAUAGACAAUGGGGUGACCAAGGGCUUUGUGUACAGCUCCUUUCUGAAGCCCUACAACCCACGCCGCAGCCAGUCGGACGUCUCUGUGGGCAGCCACUCUUCCAACGAGUCAGAGCACAGCAGCUCCUCUCCCCAAAGCAGCACCACGCUGACCUUCAGCCCCAGCGGGGCAGCCGUCACCUUCACUCAGAAACCCCCACAGGGCUCGGCCUCCCCGGCAGACCUGUACCAGUCCCCGCAGCCCCCCUCGGAGACAGACUCCCACUCUCUGCCCCAGCUUAGCUCUGGUGACAGGACAGCCCCGCUAGAGGCUGGUGCAGUGACGUCUCAGCGCCGCUACAGCCGCCCUGAGCUGGGCUGCAGCCCUGGCUUUCGCAACGGGCACCCCACCAAAGCACAUCUCAGGCCCUCACCCUUGGUGGAGGACAGAGACUCUGGGUUGGAGAGCAGCGAGUCAGAGGGCAACCAGGUCUAUUACGCUCUCUACACCUUCAAAGGCCGAAACACGAACGAGCUAAGUGUGUCAGCUAACCAGAGACUCAGGAUCCUGCAGUUUGAGGACAUCACGGGCAAUCGGGAGUGGUGGCUGGCCGAGGCACACGGGAAGCAGGGCUACGUGCCCUCCAGUUACAUCAGGAAGACUGAGUACACGUGA